AUGUCUGAGGGGGAAAGUCAGCAAAUAUUUACCAACUGGUUAGAUUCAUGGGGUAUAGAAAAACUUAGAAAAGAGCAGGACAGUGACCCUUAUAUAGCCAAGUUAAAGCAACUUAAAGCUGUUAGGUCUACAAAGCAAAAACGGGACGAAAUGAAUGGGUUAGCAUAUGAAAUACGGGUGUACUGCCAAAGGUGGGACCACAUUUCCCUGCUAGAGAAUGGGUUAUUGUAUGUACAGGACAGUGGGUCAGACGGCAAUACCCAUGACAGAGUACUUGCUCCAGUGAGUUUUCGAAAACAGAUUCUGUAUGAGUUCCAUGAUAGUCAGACUGCAGGACAUUUGGGAUGGGAUAAAACCCUGUCUCAGAUAAAGAGAAGGUAUUAUUGGCCUGGCUUGUCUGAUGACGUUGGGAGAUGGUGCAGGAAAUGUGAUAUGUGUGCACGACGUAAACCUGGUCCUGGUAUGGGAAAGACUCCUUUACAUCCCACCUUAGCUCAAGUGUCCCGUCCUUUAGACAGGAUUUCUAUUGAUAUACUAAGUGGUAUACCUGUUACUGCUAAUGGCCAUUCUUGUAUAAUGGUAGUGUGCGACUACUUUUCUAAAUGGGUCGAGGCCCAUGGCUUACCUAAUCAUACAGCUGUAACGAUAGCCGACAAACUGUGUUCUGAGUUUAUCAGUAGAUUCGGGGUUCCAUUUCAAAUUUUAUCGGACCGUGGAGCUGAGUUCGAGUGA